AUGUUCGCCCUCUUGAUGCUGGGACACCAUGACAGAAUAGCAGCCUUUGAUCUCCAGGUCUAUGGGAAAUCCAUCCGCAAUGACAGCAGACACACUGUCAGAAGACAGCCACACCAACAGACAAGCAAUGGAAUACGUAGAAGUUUGGAUUUCGAGAACUUCAACAUACAUGUGGCCCCCACCAGCAGCAAAAUAAGCCUCCCGACCAUGGUCAGACUCUACCCGCCCACUGCCAAGCCUCUGCACAUGCAUGCCAACUUGCCCUUGCGCUUUGGAAGAGAGUAUGAUUCUGAUGAUGACAGGUUACCGAAGUCCUCACCCAAUUUGCCACAAAGGUUUGGAAGGUCUUGGGAAGUGAUUCGAAUGUGCGCUGAAUGCCCUGAUGUGGAAGAAUCAUCUCUUCCCACCCUGCCUCAGAGAUUUGGGAGAAGCAGCCUCUCCUGGAGCCUGUUCAGGACGCUGGCCAGUGAUUGGCCAUUGAACACUGACUGGUACAGGUAG